UUUUAGCAAAAGAAUUAUGAAAUGAACAUUUUUCGUUUAUCAGCUGACUUAGCUCAUUUGGUAGCAAUUCUCAUUUUGCUAUGGAAAAUAUGGAAAACAAGAUCCUGCCUUUCUGGAAGGUCCCAAGUUUUAUUUUUGUUAGUCUUUGUUUGCCGUUAUUUGGACAUUUUUACAAAUUUUGUGUCAAUUUAUAAUACUGUUAUGAAGUUAUUUUUCAUUUCUUCGUCAGUAGCAACAGUUUACUUCAUUUACCAAAAAUUUAGAGCCACUUUUGAUAGAAAUCACGACACUUGUCGAAUUGAAUUUCUUGUCCUCCCCAGUUUUGCUUUGGCGCUUUUAAUCAACCACGACUUUUCCUUUUUUGAGGUGCUUUGGACUUUCAGUAUCUACCUUGAAUCGGUUGCUAUUAUGCCCCAGCUUUUUAUGCUUUCAAAAACAGGAUCGGCAGAAACUAUAACUGCCCAUUAUCUUUUUGCUCUAGAGGAUUUUUUGGACAUUAUUGCUUUGGUAGCUGGUAUUGUUCAAACUGUUUUGUAUGCCGAUUUCUUCUACCUUUAUGUUAGCAAAGUGGUCCAACAAAAGUAUGUAUAUUUAAUUUUAACAAGUCUUGCGAGAGUAUUCACUCAACCAGGCCCACACAUGAUUUUUUUCAGAGGGGGGGAGGCCAAGGGAGGGAAUAUUUUUCUGCGCCCCCUACCCCCUUGGCUACGGACCUGA